AUAUGUAAGCGAUUUUUUUUGUCCUUUUCGGAGUUUCAUAUAUCUUUAUAUCUACUAUUUCAUACAACAAUGUGUUUAAAAAAACUUAUGUAGACUUUCCAUAGACAUAAUACUUUUUAUACUGUAAUAACUGAAUUUCCUUCCCCUAACACAACCAAUCACAUAAAACAUUCUGCAUUUCCAAAACAACUUCUAAAACAAAAAGGUUAUUUUCCUCAUGGGGACCAAUCAAAUGUCUCCAAAAUGUCAAAAAGUUCAGGUUUGACUGUCAUUCUCUGUCUAAAGAUAAAAGACCACAGGAUACACUGAGUGAGGUGUUAGCCCAAUAUUUGGAUGAUGUAAGUGAUUCAGAGAAAAUAGCAGUUAGGGUUAUAUAUUUAAAGAAGUUAUUUUUCAGGUAGGUAAAGUGUAAUAAAUACAAAUAAAUGAUAUUGUCAUUUUGAGCAAUUUAUAGGUAUAUUUAAAUAAUUGGGAUCAAUUUGACCCCAAAACAUUUGUACAUAACAGAAGAGCUAAGAAGACGGAAAACGUCGUUCAUGAAUAUUAAUUACGCUAUGCGACCGAAGGCUCAUUAAUAUUCAUAACCAGUUCCUCGGAACGUCAGCGUAACGGAAGUAAUUUUCAUGGGCUGAGACUCGGGAGUUUAUCACAGUUCUGACUUCUCUUUUAGUUCAGACUGUGACAGGAGUUUUUCAGAUGUUCGAGAGCGACUCUUCCUCUUCUCAUGAUGACUUUGAGGAGACUCGCGCUGUGUUUUCUGCUCGUAUCUGUCGCCCGUGUCGCGGCCAAACCGCCGAAUGUCGUGUUGAUAUUGGCGGAUGAUUUCGGCUGGAAUGAUGUGGGCUACCACGGCUCUGAGAUCCGGACUCCUCAUCUGGACCGUCUGUCCGAGCGCGGGGUUCGGCUGGAGAACUACUACGUGCAGCCGCUGUGCACUCCUUCCCGGAACCAGCUGAUGACGGGCCGCUACCAGAUUCACACGGGUCUGCAGCAUCAGAUCAUCUGGCCGUGUCAGCCCUACUGUGUUCCUCUGGACGAGAAGCUGCUGCCCGAGCUCCUGCAGGACGCUGGCUACCACACACACAUGGUGGGCAAGUGGCACCUGGGCAUGUUCAGGAAGGCCUGUCUGCCCACACGCCGAGGAUUCAACAGCUUCUUCGGUUACCUGACGGGUUCGGAGGACUACUUCAAUCACACCAGGUGCAGUUUCAUCACUCCUCUGAACGUGACGCGCUGCGCUCUGGACCUGCGAGACGGAGAGGACACGGCCGUCAACUACACCGGACUCUACUCCACUGAACUCUUCACCCAGAGAGCCACGGACAUCAUCACACGACACACACCUGAGAAACCGUUGUUCCUGUAUGUGGCGCUGCAGGCGGUUCACGGCCCCUUGCAGGUCCCCGAGCGCUACGUCGCCCCCUACAGCUUCAUCAAGGAGCAGCGGCGGCGCGAGUACGCCGGGAUGGUGUCGGCCAUGGACGAGGCGGUGGGGAACAUCAGCCAGGCGCUGCAGGACUCAGGGCUCUGGAACAACACCGUCCUCAUCUUCUCAACAGAUAACGGCGGUCAGACCCUGACGGGAGGAAACAACUGGCCUCUGCGUGGCAGGAAGUGGUCUCUGUGGGAGGGAGGAGUCAGGGGCGUGGCCUUUGUGAGCGGCCCACUCAUAGAGCAGCCUGGAGCUGUCAGUCGAGAGCUCAUCCACGUCUCUGAUUGGCUGCCUACGAUUGUGGGUCUGGCCGGGGCGUCGACGAAUGGAACCAAACCUCUGGACGGGUUCGACGUGUGGGGGGCUAUCAGUCGCGGGAAAGCGUCUCCUCGAGUCGAGCUUCUGCACAACAUCGACCCGCUGUAUGUGGACACCGCUCCAUGUCCUGGAGUAGAGGUGUCCGGUGAGUUUCUGGAGGAGUCUUUGCGGUCAUCAGCUCCUCGUCCCGCCGCUCUCGGCUCUCGCUCAGAGUUUAACAUCUCGGUUCACGCUGCCAUUCGUUACAAGAACUGGAAGCUUCUCACCGGUUACCCAGGUUGUCCUCUGUGGUUUGCGCCCCCUGGUGGUGGUGUGCUGGAGGCGUCGGAGCCGCUGAAGCAGGUGAUGCUGUUCGACAUCGAGAAGGAUCCCGAGGAGCGUGUGGAGGUGUCCCAUCAGCGGCCGGAGGUGGUGUCCUUCCUGCUCAGACGCCUGCAGAUGUACCAGAAGCAGGCCGUUCCCAUCAUCUUCCCCCCCGACGACCCCCGCUGUGACCCUGAAACCACCGGAGCCUGGGGACCCUGGGAAUGAGGAGAGGACGAGUCAUGAAUGAGCUGAAGAGCGUCAGUGAUGAGACACUCGUGAAGUUUAGAGAAUAUUUCUAUCCUCUGCUCGAUUCUUGCUCUGAGUGUGUGUGUGUGUGUGUGUGUGUGUGUGUGUCAUGAAACAGAAUCAAACUGUUUUUGAUAUUUACACAUAAACAUGUUUUCUCUACAAUAAAAACAUUCUCCAAGUUUCAGAACUCAAAACUAA